AUGGACACGUACAUCGACACCCGCUUUGAGCGCCUGGAAAAGGCUCUUGCUAAUCUAAUCGACUCGGUCACCAAGUACCACCCCUCUACUGUUCAAGCCGAGGAGCUCAAGACUGCCGACGAUGAGCUCUGCAAAGGACUGGAAGAAGUGCAAACGCAUCAAAACAACCACCUCAAAAUCCAACAACUUCGCCAGCUCUCCACGUCCCUAGACACCCAAAUCCGCGAAACCCUCACCAGCCUCGCGACAACCCGCAAAGACAUCGUCACCACCCAAGUCACCGUCUAUCCCUCCGAGCCAAACUACCCCAUCGUCUACGAAGAGCUCCUCAGCUAUGCCCGCCGCAUCAGCAAGACGUCCAUGCCGCCCUCUGCAAUCUUAAACGCCCUAGCCUCGACGACGCAAGAGAGCCAAACGCCCUUGCCCGACUCUCAGACUCAAGCAGGCAUGACGCCCUCUGCUCAGACCCCGAAUCCCACGCAAAGCCCCGCUCCUGUCAAUGGCGUGUUACCGUCUGGCCUGCCCGACCAAAGCCAAACCUCUCAGCUUACCAGCCUGCCGGAGAAUAUGAGCCAGUUCCUCAACCCUCUCUCGGGACAGCUCUUCUUCCCCUGGCCCUUGGAAGACAAGAUCCGCUCUGGGGCCCUAGCAUCCAACCAAAUCCUCCUAGAACAAGGCAUCGAUCCCAAAGGCUACGACCCCGUCGCAGAAGAGGAGCGCAAACGCAAAGAAGAAGAAGAGCGCAAGGAGAAGGAAGAAAAAGAAAAGCUAGAGCGUGCCGAGCGCGAGCGCGAGAGGCGAGAAGAGCUGGAACGCCUCCGCAAGGAAGAUUUGCUGCGGAGAGAAAAAGAACAAGCUGCUUUUCGAAGAGCGAGUACCGCUGCUGGUAUCUCUGGAGAUGCGGCUGUCAACGCACCUCCGAGCGCGAGGCCCGAGAAGAAGCAGUUUCAAUUUACGAAUUUGGAUGAUUUGGAUGACGAUGACGACGAGGAUUAAUUGCCUUGUUUGAUCAACUCAUGCAACGCACGUUGAUAGCUAUGCUUAGAAUUGGAUAAUAGAGCAUCAAUAUGAUGGAAAUUAUCAAUACAACAAACAGUACCAAAAUCACAUUACUUAAUUUAAAAGUCAAUAUUCUUCGAUUAGAAACAUGUCUAUCCCGC